UUUGCGCCUAGCUGUGAUUGAGCCUACCACCUCCAGCACCGUUGUUGCUCGACUUGCUUGUCUUGGCCAAUGUCUCUCUAUGCCCCACAUUGAUCGAACCUACUGUCUCCUUCACCACCGUUGUCCCAGUUGCCCGUCGUAGCCAAUACCUCAUUGAAAGAGUUGACACCGUGAUCUAUCAUCACGCACCAUGACUAAGCUAGUUCUCUUCGUGACUCUCCUCCUCUUUUGUGCAGCUUUGGGUAAUGCCCAUGCUGCUGCAUCUGCCCCAACACAGUCUGCGACGAAAUCUGCACCAGCGCCGUCCCCGGCUUCCACCAAGAAGUCAUCAUCUUUCACGCUCAAGUACGUCGUCCACAACUUGGCGUUGAGGAGCAUCAUCUUCAAGGUAGAAGCGAACGCACAGAAUCCAGCACAUAUGGUUGUUGCUCAGAAGACCUCGUGGACUGCGAUCGGCCCCCUCACGAUGACCCACAAGAACCUGGUUUCAAAGUUGACCGUCAUUGUGAAGAACUAUAAGGGCAAGGAUAUCGUGAAGACGUUGAUCAUCAAUUUGCGACAGCGUUUCCGGUACAGUGAAAUGGUGGGCCAGAAGCUGUUGGUAAUUGAAGCUGUGGAGAGCUGGAGUUGGUUGAAGGGCAACUACAUACUGAUUAAAAUCAACCACAAGCCUGAGCUUGAAUUCAAGCUCUAGAUCAGCAAGGAUUUAUUCUCGGUAGUUGCGAUUGCAUGUUACAUUAUGAAACAUUCUCAGAACGUAUGGAGGUCGCCAUUCCUCGAACAUUUGUCACAGUAUCACCAGUUUAGGUUGAAUCAUGGGCAGUGUUGUGAUUCCUAUCUCCUGCUGAACCGACCGCAGCUCUUGCAGUAGCUUAGAGAAUCUAGUUUUCGACCGCCUACUCCCUCCCGUGUCUUGUGGACACGAAUCCAUUAUUUGUUUUGGCAUUUUAUGCAAUUUGAAUUUUUUGAAGAUGCUCGCUGAUUCUUUUUCAGAA